AUGGCGGGGCAGGGGCAGACCGGUCGGCGGGGUAUGGGGGGAGAGGGGCGCUACGUAAGCGCGGUAGCCGCGGACGGCGACGCGUGGAAUGCGGACGACCUUCAGAUGCCGAGCGCCCCUCCCCCUACGCCAGCCGCAUCUUGCGUCCUCGCAUACCGACGGUCGUCGUUACCUCUACUUUUCGACAUCUCGCCACCACUUUUGACACUUGCUUGUUAUGACGAUAAUGAACGGAAUUUUGAGGAAUGUCGUCUA